AAGCUCGAUCACUCCGUCCAUACGUAGCAAUCUUAAACCAAUUUUGUCCGCGUAAAGUUUCACAUCUUUCUUUCUCACACGUACACCAAAGGGUGAGCUAUGUUUUAUUGUGUGACUCUACUUUCAACUUGAGCAGUGACAUCGACAGUUUCGCACCCUAUACCAUGGAGUGACAAGAAAUAAUACAAACAUGGGUCAAGACGUCUUCGGCAAGUGAGUUUUAUCAGAAAUUGUGGCAAUAAUUAUAGUUGCUAUAUCAUGAUCAAUUUGUUUGUGGCUGGACAUUUUUAACUGAUUGCUCUAACAUGCUGCGGUGAGCUAACGUGAAAAUUUUCAGAGUGGCGGUCUUUGGCAGUGUUUUCUAACACUUUCUUAGGAACAGAAUCGUCGCACAGUCGACUUUUGUGUGAGAAAAUGGAGCCCAACAUCACCACUUUGAGUUUUUCGAACACUUCGCUCGCUACCAUGACCCCAAGUGUGGAAUUGUUCAAACAAGGUGAGAUCCUGCUACCAAUUAUUCGUGGUACCUUUGGUGGGAUCGGAAUAAUUGGUAACCUGUUAGUUUGCAUCGUGGUGGCGCGCCUGUGGAGCACCAAUAAACGCAACACGACCAAUACCCUGAUCGCAAAUCAAGCUCUGAUUGACUUAUGUGCUUCGAUCCUCCUUGUGGGCCUGACCAUUACGGAACUCGCUGAAGUAUCUCCUCCUGAAAACUACUUCUUCGGGCAGAUUUUCUGUAAGUUCUGGUCUUCAAGAUUCUGUCUAUUCGCAGCGUUUGCGGCGUCCACGUUCAACCUGACUGAGAUAUCAAUGGAACGCUAUCUAGCCGUCAUUCAUCCUAUUUAUUACUCCAUGAAAUUCGCAAACACAACCAUCGCUAAAAUAUUGCCAAUGAUACCAUGGCUACUUGGACCUUUGAUGCAGUUCGUCGUUGCGAUGUUGAGAUACGAUUUCAUUCCGGAAACCACGCCGAAAUCUUGCACAUAUGAGUCCAAACGCUACACCGAUGCAAUGGAGAAGAUCUUUGGCAUCAUGGUUUUCCUUUGGGACUACUGCAUCCCAGUGUCCAUCAUGACGUUCGCCUUCGUCAAAAUAGUCAUCAAAUUCAAGCAGCAGAAUUUGAAAGUUGCUUUGAGGCAGCCACUCCGCCCGCCCCAAGGGUCAACUGUCCCAACGAUCUCCACUAUGAAAGCUCAUCACAACUCGGUCACCGAAGUCGACCCACAAAUCAUGAAUGCUGAAAACUCCUUAGCAGCGGCCGAAAUAAACGAGCCGAGUUCCAGCAAUCAGCCAGCGCGCACCCAAGGCCAAAAAUCGUCCAGCAACAUCCAACGCAAAAAUGUGACCAAAACACUAUUUAUUGUGUAUGUCGUUUACGUCAUUUGCUGGUCGCCCGACCAAUGGGCGUUUCUUCAGUACAACCUUGGAGGGGAGCUUGAUUUUGGGAGUACCUUCACUAACUUUGCCAUUCUCAUUGCUCAGUUGAACUCCUGUGUUAAUCCGUUUAUCUACGGUCUCCAAUACAGACAGUACAGACAGGGUUUAAUCAAACUGUUUAAGUGUCAACGAUAACUUAACACGGAGAAAGUUCCACAACGACUCUUGAACUAUGGAAUUUGAGGCAUUGUAUGGUGAGAUAUCAAUAAACACCUCUUGAACUACAACAUUGAUUCGAGGUAUAAGGGGCCAUCCCGUCUUGAUUUAGGUUUAACAAACUGUUAUAUUUAAGAGAUGUUUAAUUUGUAUCAGGGACAACACAUUUUAAUUGUGGUGUUAACCUAGGUUAAACCGAUGUGUGUUAGCACUGAAUACCCAGUACUUUCCCGAGUUCUGCGAAAACAACCACCUGCAUAUUCCUCGGGUGGGAUUCGAACUCACGACCUUUGCGAUUCUAGAGCAGUGUAAUGCCAACUAGACCACCGAGAUUGCCCGGUAGCUAGAGGUGUAAAAGGGUAAAACCAAAUUAAUAUAUGUUAUUUUAGGGGAGUAAUGAUGUAAUUUCUUUGUUUUUUAUCCUUACACCGAUGUGUAUUAAGUAUUGCAAACUACUUUUCCCGGGUCCUAUGAAAAAAUCAACAGGCAAAUCACUCGAGUGGGUUCGAACCCACGACCUUUGCAUUGCUCUAGAGCAAAUGUAGGACAACAAACCACCGCUGGCUAGAGGCAGUCUGAAUUCUAUGCUGCUUACAAAUAUCGGUUUAGAUUUAAUACUAUGUUGUUUUAACCCAUUC